UCAGCACCGUGCAACGUGCUGGCAUUCGCAAAAAUGGACACGGGCAACGGCCUUCACUAUCCAAAGCGGGUCGUCACGCUCGACCAUAUCCUAGUGAUUACUAUGCACCAGCCGGGUAAAUGGUUAUUUGUAGCGCCCACCGACGAACCUAUAAGUAUUACCUGCGACGGAAACCCCGCCUCGUACGAAACAUUAAGACACGUAGGUGUAUUGACUUUGGUAGGCGUAUGUACGGUAACCGCCCAGAGUUUCAGCUUGCGAACCAUCCGUCGCAUCACCCAGGUCGCCAACGAGGACUACUUGCCCCCCUUCAAUCUCACACUAUCGGAGAUGGACGAAGUUAGUCCCCCGCGAGUGACCAGCGAUAUCGGAACGGUGAAACUUGUUAAAGUGCUACGAAACCCCGAGGAGUUAGCGCGCCUCGGGACGCGAGUGUCUAGCAUUAAGGCAUGCCUGGACCAGGACGACCAACACCUAGAACAAUAUUAUCAUAAUCUAGGGUGCUACUCAUUGGGUACAAUAGCGCCAAUAGCAUUGGUUUGUUUUGCCGUGUACAAGUGUUACAAGCGUAAGCAUAAUUCGACAUCAACGACGCUGACUCUCACGCCGAACUCGGUGACGCCCGCGGUAAACAUCCAGUUAGAACCGCUAGUAUCAAGGCCAGAUAACCUUAGAGCGGCAUUAAAUAGAUCACGCGAAAGGCGUUUUCGCUGGGCCGACCAGAUCCCGCAAGACAGAACCAAUGCUACGGGCAGACACGCCAGUUAAAUUAAGGGAAUUGUAUCCAAAGUAAUUAUGGAAGCUGUGCUCCACUAGGAAAAUGACCAGAAUCAAGUCUUCACUCGAGGCCACCAGGGGCGAACGCUGUGUACAAAUUGUGCGAUUUUCUUUAAGGGGGGAUGGAUAUUGUGCUGGGAGUCUCCUGACCCCAUUGAGAAACGCCAGGCCAAGUAGUUCACGCGUGUAGCAAUGCGCUAAGUCAGAACUAAAGGCGGCCUGACAACCGAGAUGUGGAAAUCGAAAUAUCGCACAAUAAUCACUUUUCGGAAGUCCAGCUUAUAGCUGCACAUCCGAAAAUCGACAGUCUACAGUUAAAAUCCGAACGGGUGAGGUGGUCUCGUGGAGUAGACUCGGUACAGGAAAUAGGAAGACCGAACGGUGCCUAUAUUUUUCCAAGUCGACGUACGUCGAAAUACUGUACAACACACUUGAUUAUUUCAACAAACCUUCUCAGUUUUGUUGUAUUCACGCGUGUUUCAAGUCCUAAACCUGCAACGAUCCCAAAAAUACCUUGGUCCUAACCUCUCGAUCGAACUCCUUCGUCACCGAGACGUUACGGCACAAUAAGACUAUGGCGAAGCGAUCCUUCCAGAUCUAGGAAACGUAAAGAAUAAUGUACGGGUAGAUGUGCAGACGGAAGAACAGGAAAAUGUACGGGAAAAAGUCCCGGUAAAAGUACCGGCGAGGAACACUAGGACACCCGGGGUAUGAACGAAGCCCUUUGUAAAUUUCAUUUCUUUAAUGUAAUUAUAGUGCGUGGUAAGUUACAGAAUGUGGUGUGGUUACGAGUUAGGGUAUAUUCCGUAAUUGAUCCACAGUUGUUCUUAUUAAAUUUUAGCUAAUGACAUCCAUCGAUUUUUGUUAGCAGUCGAAAUCAAUCGAUGCAAUUGACUGAAAUUUAAUAACUAUAACCGUGGUUCAAUUACAGAAUAUGCCCUUAGUUUCCAUUGCGCAUGGUUGAAAUGGAUUUCACCAAUCAACUUACAAUAUAUUCCGUUCGAAUCUCUGUUUUGAUUAAAUAGCUCAACGUCAAUCCUGCACGGUGGAAAUAUAUUAAAUGACUUUUGUCGGUGCUUUAACCUAUAUAAUUUCUCAAAAAGUAGUUUUCUAGCCCGUUUUUAGCCAAUUGUCAAGUAAUUUGUGUUAUGCGAUGUAGAUAUUUAAACAACUGUAGAUAUUUGACAGUUCCUAUAAGAAGACAUGAUUUUAAGGUUAGAUUUACUUUACGAAUGUCAGUAUUAACAAACUUGUAGCAAUUUAAUAUGUGAUUAGAAUGCAAGUAAUUUUAGAAUAUAUUAUACUUAAUACUGCUGAUAGUACUUUAUCGUCUAGGUUUAUAUUGUAAUUUGAACUUAAAGUACUUAUCAAUAUGUGAUUGCGAAGUUGAAAAUGUUUCUAUUCCAAUCUUUACGUUUCAUCAUUUAUGUUCCCAGGUACUUCCUAAAUGUCCAUUCCAUUUUUAACACACUCGCUCCAGCAGUUUUCGAUAGACUUCUGUUCACAAACAUUUCCAACUGAAUUUAGAACAACUAUUCGCAACUAAAAAAAUAAAAUUUCUGUUGCUGUGAUCAAAUCAACUUCUGGGCAUCUCAAGGUGAAGCAUGUAUAAUCCUCCAUCGUCCUAACCGUAUGCUCCUCACAGCUAAUAGCAAAUCUAUUUUCAGAUUCCUUCUUGAUGUCCAUUCCCUUUCCUGGAUGCUCGUGUACCUGUUCGUUUUCAUUACGUGCAUCGUUUCACCGCAAAUCUCAAACGUGCAUGUUAGGUGAUACACUCUGUAGAGCACUAAGGAUCGCUUUGGUAAAUAAAAUGUGUAUGGAAACAAUACACAGGAAUUUUUGGAAAUGACGCAUCGCCAUAUGCUGGAAAUGGUAGCUUAUAUUGUAAAUAUCGAAUCAGCGAUUUUGGAAGAAGGAAUUAUCGACAAGCAGAUUACCACCACAGGUUAAAUCCGGACAUUGGUCAUCUUACAUUUUAAGGAAUAUAAGUACACUCGAUGCUGGGUUACCGACAGACCGGCAGAAAAAUUUAGUGGAAAAUGCGUUGUAGUCUAUUGUUAAAAAUUCAAAGUCGAUUUUAAAAUGUUCUUGGUUGUAUUUUAAGAAUAAAAAAUGAUUAUAACCACUG